AGGAGGGAGGUGUCGGGGAGGCGGGCGGCAGGGAGAGGGAGCUCGAGUCCCGGUCAUGUUGCAGCGGCUCCGUCUCCACACAAAGUUUGCCGGCGGCCGCGCUCCCCGGGUUGUUGGCGCCGCCGAUCUGCGCUGCAUCCCCGCCGCCGCCGCCGCCGCCGCUCGGUGCUCCCGCCCGUGAGCGCGGAUCCCAGCCGCCUGGAUGAUGAGGAAUUCCCGGGAAGCGGACGGGUUCGAGGGGGAGGCGGCCAGCACGUCCAUGAUGAGCGGGGCGAGCAGCCCGUAUCAGCCGACCACGGAGCCGGUGCUACCCGGCCGCCGGCUGAACCUCAGGUGUGACCCCGACUACCUGCGCUCCACCCUCGGGGUGCUCAAAGUGCUGCAAGUGCUGCUGGCCCUGAUCGCCUUCAUCUGCAUCGAGACCGUGAAGGAGUGUCUGCCGUGUGGGGGUCUCUACCUCUUUGAGUUUGUCAGCUGCACCACCUUUGUGGUGACCGGGGUCCUGCUGCUGAUGUUUAGCCUCAACCUGCAUACCAAAGUGCCACAGAUCAACUGGAACCUGACGGUGAGCUACCAUCCGUGGUUAACGGGCCCCGUCUGCCCGGAGCAACCGGUUUUAAGGUGCCAGUGGUCUGCCUUUGCCCCUUCUCCUGUCAGUGAGACAGCUCUGCCAGGCAUAAGAACUACACCACACGUGAAGGCCAGGAGUUGGACUUGGUUGUCGGAGGCUGUUUGAGACGCACGCCAUGAAGAGCAUUUUGUUUGGCAGUGGGAGCUCAUCCUCACUAUCACCCUUUGGCUAGAACUACCCUUGUACUAGACAUAAAGUGAAACUCCCUCUCCUCUGUCCUGUCACACACUCCCCACAUGCAUGUUAAAUUUCUUUGCCGUUUGCAAGCUGCAGGUGCAGUAAGUGAGGGAAGUCUGUCCAUCCUGAACUGUCCCUGGACUGCUAGUGCUUGGAUGUACGAGAGGAAUAUCGGAUUAUCCGCUCUUUCCUUGUAGAAAUACUCUACACCUUGUUCCUUUGCAAUCUACACACUGUAGACACCUUGUCAUAUAGCUCCUGUAUGUUCCUGGUCUUCUGCUGCAGUAACCCAUCCACUUCAUGGUUCGAUGUGUUGCGUGUUCAGAGAUGCACCUCUGCACACCACUGUUGUAAUGUGUGGUUAUUUUAGUCACUGUCACCUUCCUGUCAGCUUGACCCAGCCUGGCCAUUCUCCUCUCACCUCUCUCAUUAACAAGGUAUUUUCACCCACAGAACUGCCACUCAUCACUGGGUGUUUUGUUUUUGAUUUUCACACCAUUCUCGGUAAAUCUAGAGUCUGUCGUGUAUGAACAUCCCAGGAGAUCAGCAGUUUCUGAGAUACUCAAACCCCCCCCCAACUGGCACCAACAAUCAUUCCACUGCAACAGUCAUAUAAAUGACAUUUCUUCCCCAUUCUAAUGUUUGGUCUGAACAACAACUGAACCUCUUGACCAUGUCUGCAUGAUUUUAUGCAUUGAGUCGCUGUGAGAUUAAAUAUUUGCAUUAAUGAGCAGGUGUACAGGAUUACUUAAUAAAGUGGCCACAGAGUGUAUAACUAAAUCUCUUUUGAAAACUUAUCUUGAAAUUUAUUGAGGAGCAAAUUUAUUCAUAACUAUCAAAAACAGUUAGUUAUCUACUCAGGGCAGGUAACAGUGGAUACAGGCUGGCACAGUGGGUAGAUAGAUAGAUACUUUACUGAUCCCAAAGGAAAUUACAGUAUCACAGUAGCAUUACAAGUGCACAGGUAUAAAUAUUUGAAGUGAAGUAAAAAAGAAUAAAAAAUAAGUGACAUCAAACAGUCUAACAGGAGCGGGGCCAUCACUUUCCUGGCUAUAAGUUGACUCAUAGAGCCUAAUGGCCAAGGGUAAGAAUGACCUCAUAUAGUGCUCUUUGGAGCAGUGCGGUUGUCUUAGUCUAUUACUAAAAAUGCUCCUCUGUUCAGCCAAGGUGGCGUGCAGCGGGUGAGAAACAUUGUCCAGAAUUGCCAGGAUUUUCUGUUGGGUCCUUUGUUCCACCACAGCCUCCAGUGUGUCCAGUUUGACUCCUAUAACGGAGCCAGCCUUUCUAAUCAGUUUAUUGAGCCUGUCGCCUCUGUUGAUGCCAUUGCCCCAGCUCACCACUGCAUAGAAGAUCAUACUGGCAACAACAGACUGGUACAACAUGUGAAGGAGAGGCCUGCACACUCCAAACGACCUCAGUCUCUUGAGGAAUUAGAUGUGACUCUGGCCCCUCUUGUACACAGCCUCUGCUUUGGUGUUCCUUUCAAGUCUGUCCUCCAGGUGCACCCCCUAGGUAUUUGCAGGUCCUCGCCACAUCCACGUCCUCACCCUCAAUGGUACCAGGGAGCAGUGCAGGCUUAGUCUUCCUAAAGUCCAUCUCCUUGGUCUUACUGAUGCUGAGCCGGAGAUGAUUCAGCUUGCCUUUCAGUUCCACAGACUUGGGUUCAAUCCUGACUUUGGGCUGUCCUUAUGGAGUUUGAACAUUCUCCCUGUACCUUUGUUCCUCUUGUCCUAAUUGUGCUUUCUUGCAAAGAUUGUGUAUAGUUUAUACAAAAUGCAGGAGGAGCUCCACAAGUCAGGCAGCAUCUGCGGAGGAGCAUAAAGGGUCUCGGCCUGCAACUUUUAACCAAAUAACAAAUACAGCACGGAAACAGGCCAUCUCGGCCCUUCUAGUCCGUGCCGAAUGCUUACUCUCACCUACUCCCACCUACCUGCACUUAGCCUAUAACCCUCCAUUCCUUUCCUGUCCAUAUACCUAUCCAAUUUUACUUUAAAUGACAAGAUUGAACCACUUCUACCAUGUUCCACAGAGCUACCACUCUGAGUAAAGAAAUUCCUCCUCCUGUUACCCCUAAAUUUUUGCCCCCAACUCUCAACUCAUGUCCUCUUGUUUGAAUCUCCCCUACUCUCAAUGGAAAAAGCCUAUCCAUGUCAAUUCUAUCUAUUCCCCUCAUAAUUUUAAAUACCUCUAUCAAGUCCCCCCUCAACCUUCUACGCUCCAAAGAAUAAAAACCUAACUUGUUCAACCUUUCCCUGUAACUUAGGUGCUGAAACCCAGGUAACAUUCUAGUAAAUCUCCUCUGUACUCUCUCUAUUUUGUUGACACCUUUCCUAUAAUUCAGUGACCAGAACUGUACACAAUACUCCAAAUUUGGCCUUACCAAUGCCUUGUACAAUUUUAAUAUUACAUCCCAACUCCUAUACUCAAUGCUCUGAUUUAUAAAGGCCAGCAUACCAAAAGCUUUCUUCACCACCCUACCCACAUGAGAUUCCAAAAUGAACUUCAACUGUUCAUUCCCCUCAAUAGAUGCUGUCUGACCUGCUGAGUUUCUCCAGCACGUUGUAUGUGUUACUCAAGAUUUCCAGCAUUUGCAGAACCUUGUGUGUACGAUUUAUGUCUAAUUUAUAGUUUUCUUGUGAAUGUUGCUUAUAUGAUGUUAGGCGUUGCCUUUUUAAUUGCAACUCUGCCUGCAUGUUCUUGUGCUUGUGAUGGUAAACUCAUCUUUGACUGCUCCGGUUUCCGGCAACAUCAUAAAGAUGUUAAUUUCUUUUCUGGAAGUUGCUGUUUCUAUGCCGGUGAGUGGUAUGGGACAGUGUGGAGGAUUAAGGGAAGGAAUGGGUUGCUGUGUAUGCCAGUAGGCUCGAUAAGCUGAACAGCCUCCUCCCUAUGUGGUAAGUAAAUAUAGAUCAGCUCCUGUAAAGAGCUUUUGGGUCAGGUGACUUCCCAUAAUGCUGUUGCAUGCUGGUGUUGACAUUACCACCCCGAGUCUCCACGUUGUUCCCAUGGUGAGUUCUAUUGUUGCAGAAUCCAUUUAGAAUCAGAAUCAGAUUCAUCAUCACUGACGUACACCAUGAAAUUUGUUAUUUUGCAGUAGCAAAAACAGAGCUGCGUUAUCAUAACAAAUACAGUGGAUUCCAGGGCCAUCGGUUAAAAACGGGGGCAGCCACUUUAUUUGGACAACUCUUAAAGAAGAAAAACUAGUUGAGAAAAUAGCUGGGAUUCCCCUUGUUUAUUUGGGACACUAUUUUGCUUAAUUGGGAUAGGAGACAAUUGCCGAAUAGCAGCAGUCAUGUGUGCUUGUGAGACUGUUAGACAUCUCACUGUGCUUAGAGUGAACCGCUUUAAAAUAGCGUCAGUUGCAUGUGAUUAUGUUCAAAAAGCAGUGAUUUUUGUUGCUGAUUGUUGGCAAUAAAUCAGCAGUAAGAUAAUUUAGAACUGUUUUGCUCACUGCGGUUUCAAUUGAGUUGAAUUGACUUUAUUUCUUACAUCCUUCACAUACAUGAGGAGUAAAAAAUCUUCGUUACAUCUGUGUGUAAAUGUGCAACGUGCAAUUUAUAGUAAUUUGUAAUAAAUAGUAUGUACAACAGGACAGUCAAUAUAGCGGGAAUACAGUUGUAUCAGCGUGAAUUAAUCGGUCUGAUGGCCUGUUGGUCCUGGCUUUUAUGCUGCGGUACCGUUUCCUGGAUGGUAGCAGCUGGAACAGUUUGUGGUUGGGGUGGCUCGGGUCCCCAAUGAUCCUUUGGGCCCUGUUUACACACCUGUCUUUGUAAAUGUCCUGAAUAGUGGGAAGUUCACAACUACAGAUGCGCUGGGCUGUCUGCACCACUCUCUGCAAAGUCCUGAGAUUGAGGGAGGUACAGUUCCCAUACCAGGCAGUGAUGCAGCCAGUCAGGAUGCUCUCAAUUGUGUCCUUGUAGAAAGUCCUUGGGAUUUGGGGCCCCAUACCAAACUUCCUCAACCGUCUGAGGUGAAAGAAACACCUUUGUGCUUUUUUCACCACACAGCCAGUAUGUACAGACCGCGCGAGAUCCUCGGUGACGUGCAUGCUGAGGAACUUGAAGCUUUCCGGCUUGGAGGCGCCAGACACAAAAAAAAUCUGCAGAUGCUGGAAAUCGAGAACAAACUGGUGGAGGAACUCAGCUGGUCAGGCAGCAUCUGUGGAUACGAAUAAACAGUCAACGUUCAUCCUGGUGAACGGCCCUGGCUGGAAACAUCAACUCUUUACUCGUUUCCAUGGAUGCUGCCUGGCCUGCUGAGUUGGAGAGGACAGAACUGCUGGGAGUGAAAAUGAAACAAUUUCACCAUUUCAACAAGCUAGGAGCUCUGAAGAAUUUGAAGGCAUGGACAGUCAUCUUGAAUGUUAUAAUGAAAUUGAUUUGGAGGAUGCAGUCGUCGAAAGCGUUGUAUUAUCUGUACUAGCUGUCUGUGCUGAUUUUGUUCAUUUCCAGUCAAUAGAAAGAAAAUGUCAGCCCACACUGGAUGAAUUCCUCCGUUGACAACUAUUAGGAACUAAUACAUAGUUUUGAGGUACUGUGGUAGUAUUGGGAGUCAUAGAGUCAGAGAGAAGUACAGCACAGAAAUAGGACCUUCAGCCCAUCCAGUCCAUGCCAAAUCAUUUAAACUGGCUACUCCCUUCAACAUGCAUUGGGACCGUAACUCUCCACAUCUCCACCAUCCGUGUACCAAUCCAAGCUUCUGGAUUGAUGAAGGGUCUCAGCCCAAGACAUCGACUGGUUAUUCAUUUCCAUAGAUGCUGCCUGACUUGAGUUCCUCCAGCAUUUUGUGUGUGUUGUACAUAAUUUGUUAUUCGGUUAAACAGCAAUUCAUCUUUUUUUUUAUAUACCUUUUCAUCUGCUUCCAUGAAACUUUGGCGAAUUGGGGCAGCCAUUUAAUUGGGCCAAGAUGAGAGCAAACUAGGGAAAUAGUGUUCCUGGACCAUUCACAGCUUCACCCAAUGAUAUCUGUGGCAUCCGCAGUGUCAAUCCCACCUGCCAGCCUGUGGUCUAAGUCCCUGCAUUUCAUGCCAGUCUCUUGCUCUUUCCUCGUCCUGUCCUCCUCCACUGACAGUCUGGAGUGGGAUGUGGGCUCACACUGACCUCGGUUGUGAACUCAGGCAGGAGUGGCAUUGCAACGUUGUAGGUACCUGGUGCACUUUCCCACCGGCUGUCUGAGGUUGGAGGGGAGUGUGAUCUGAUGGCUCAUGGCUCAUCCACAAAAACCCAGCCAGCCGGAGCCGUUUCCAGCUUUCAGAAUCAGAAGCAAAGCCAUAAGACAUUGGAGCAGAAUCGGGCGACUCAGUCCAUUGAGUCUGCUCUGCUGUUCUCACUGACAAUGUCAUGAAACUUGUUUUGCUGCAGCUGAGCUUUGCAAAAAUAAAAACUACAGUAGCUGGAAAAAUAAAUAAACAGUAAAAAAAAAUAACGAGGAUCGUUCACAAGUUCAUGGACCGUUCAGAAAUCUGAUGGCAGAGGGAAAGAAGCUGCUCCUGAAUCGUUGGGUCUUUAGGCUCCUGCACCUCCUCCUUGAUGGUAGUAACGAGGAGAGGGCAUGUCCUGGAUGGUAAGGAUCUGCAAUGAUGGAUGCCAGCAUGAGGAAGAUGUCCGCCAUGGUGGGGAGGGUUGUGCCCAUGUUGGAAUUGGCCGGGUCUACAAUUUCCUGUGGUUCCUGUGCAUUGGAGCUUCUACACAGGACGUGAUGCAGCCAGUCAGAACACUCUCCAGAAAUGACCCAGCAGCAUGUGAUCUAUCUGUUGCCCCUGGCAACGGGCUGUUCAUAUAGUGGUCAAAUAAAGUGGAUAGAGAUAACAUCUGAAGUUAAACAUGAGAUUGGGUCACAAGCCAGAUUUAAAGGAAUGAGGCAGAGACCACAUGAUUACAAAGAAAACAGCCUCUGUUCGACUGAAAGACCUUUCCAAGAUCAAGGAGUUGCCUCAGGGAAGAGUUAACCCUCACUUGAGCAGCUAGUAACUCUGCCAUGGAUGGUCCCAAGCUCAGUAUGCAAAAGGAGGAGAGUUCGGCACGGGGCUAGCAACCCCAUCCCGUAAAAAAACCUCAGAGCUACAGACACACCAACAGAAACUCCAAAGACCUCAUCGUGGGAGAGGGAGGAUCUUCUUGGACGGGCUACACCCGGAGACAACUUGAAAGACCAGCCCAGCAUAGAGGACUCAGGUGAGCUGUUGCUGAUGGCCUGAAUUCCAGAGUGAAGAAUUCAAAGUGGACGUCUCCAGAAUGGAAGGACGUUAGGUGGUGACAGCUAACACACACAUCUGUCUACAUCAGUGGUGUCGAGGUUGAGAGCUUCAAGUUCCUUCGAGUGACAUCACCAAAGGCCCGCCCUGGUCCAACCACAUUGAUGUGACGUCCACAAAAGCUUCCCAACACCUGCGCUUCCUCAGGAGGCUAAAGGGAUCCGGCAAGUCCCUGUCGACUCUUACCAGUUUUUACAGGUGCAUCACAGGAAGCAACCUAUCACAGCUGGGUACGGCAAUAAGAUACAGAGAAUUGUGCGUUCAGCUCAGCACAUCGCAGAAACCAGCCUCCUCUCCGUUGACCCUGUUGCCACCUUGCUGCCUCAGUAAAGCAGCCAGCUUAAUCAAAGACCUCACCCACCCUGGGCAUUCACGCUUCCCCCUUGCCCAUCGAAAUCCUGAGACACGUACCACCAGACUCAAUCACAGUCACAAUCAGGUUCAUCACCGGCAUGUGUCGUGAAAUUUGUUAACUUAGCAGCAGCAGUUCAAUUCAAUACAUAAUCUAGAAGAAGAUAAAAUGAAUAAUAAUAAAUAAAUAAAUUGCAGUAGACGUAUAUUGAAUGGAUUAAACUAGUGCAAAAACAAAUAAUAUAUAUUUUAAAAAGUGAGGUAGUUUCCAAAGAUUCAAUGUCCAUUUAGGAAUCGGAUGGCAGAGGGGAAGAAGCUGUUCCUGAAUCACUGAGUGUGUGCCUUCAGGCUUCUGUACCUCCUACCUGAUGGUAACAUUGAGAAAAGGGCAUGCCCUGGGUGCUGGAGGGCCUUAAUAAUGGAUGCUGCCUUUCUGAGAUACCACUCCUUGAAGAUGUCCUGGGGACUUUGUAGGCUAGUACUCAAGAUGCUGACUAAAUUUACAGCCCUCUGCGGCUUCUUUCACUCCUGUGCAGUGGCCCCUCCAUACCAGACAGUGAUGCAGCCUGUCAGAAUGCUCUCCACGGUACAACUAUAGAGGUUUUUGAGUGUACUUGUUGACAUGCCAAAUCUCUUCAAACUCCUAAUAAAGUAUAGCUGACGUCUUGCCUUCUUUAUAACUGCAUCGAUAUGUUGGGACCAGGUUAGAUCCUCAGCACUCUCUCCAGUUCUGAUCGCUCUAUGAGGAUUGGUUUGUGCUCCCUCGUCUUACCCUUCCUGAAGUCCACAAUCUGCUCUUUCAUCUUACUGACGUUGAGUGCCAGGUUGUGGUUGCUGUGGCACCACUCCACUAGCUGGCAUAUCUCACUCCUGUACGCCCUCUCGUCACCACCUGAGGUUCUCAAGAUCAGCUUCGAUCCUGCUGAUGUAACACUAUGAAUGGACCCCUAGUUCAAUAAAAUAGACUUGGCCUCACAACCUACCUCGUAAUGAAUUUGAACCUUAUUGUCUGCUUGCACUUUCCCUGUAACUAGAAUAAGGUGUUCCAUUCUUGCUUUCCCUCGUACCAAGGAACAUCAACAGGUGUAAGCCAUUCACCCUUUUUAACCUCUCCACUGUUCUAUAAGAACUUACUGUGUUCAGUUCUAGCCACUACAUUAUAGGAAGGAUGAGAAAACUUUAGAGAGAGUGCAGAGGAGAUAUGCCAGGAUGCUGCCUGGAUUAGAGAGGGUGCAGAGGAGAUUUACCAGGAUGCUGCCUGGAUUAGAGAGGGUGCAGAGGA